AUGAUCGAACAGCAGUCAUUAGGUGAGCAAACGAUCGAUUCUCCAGAUAGCAAUGCGCAUGCGGUAAUAUCUGGUGGCAUGGAGACGCAAGUUGUCCGUAUGAGACUCGUUUCACGCGCCGUUGUCGAGAGGCGUCUCGUCAAACAAGAAGAGGUCGAUGGCGCUCUAUCCGUCAUUGUGCAGCCCCAAGAAGAGUCGAGGGACUCUGAAUUACUCAGUCCUGGAAAGCUUUCGCCCAACUCGGUUAGCGUGGCGAAUAUGAUAGAUAACAAUGAUUACAGGACCUUGAACCCUGAACCUACUUACCAAACACUGACCUCGGUGAACGGUAGGAUGUCUCCUCCAGGAUACAGCCCCAGCUCAUCGUACGCCACGCUAACUCCACUCCAACCCUUACCGCCCAUAUCAACAAUGUCCGACAAAUUCGCCUAUGGCCACGCUAGUAAUGUGACGGGUUCCUUCACGGUUAUGCAGAACAACAGCAUCGGCGGCAUCAACUUAGGACUUGGUGUCGGAGUUAGUGCCAGUACCCCUUACAGCAUGACCAACAUGGGGAUGACUCCCCCGCACAAUUACUCUUCUCCAGGAAUGGGUAUGCAGCAACAGUCUAGUCCAAUAAGUCCUCAGAGUACGUACAGUCAAAACGGUUUACCCUCUCCUCAGAAGAGUAUGUCACCUCCGAGCUACGAUUCUCCAUAUGGAAACCAAAGGGACAUGGUACCGCGGUUGCACAGUCCUCAACUGAGCCCUCCUUCUGCCUCACUCAACUCCCCAGAUGGUACUUUGGUCACCAGUUUCAGUUCAACCAAUCUGAACGGACUAGGUUUACAAAACCACCCACCUACACUAGUGCAAAUAGCACCUCCUCAACGUGACUGUUCUCCAUCUCCCCCAGUAGUUACCCUCCAGGCUGCCCCUUCUGUGAACCAGCACCAACAGUCCCAACAACAGACAAUGCAAAUUUCUACUAAAAAUUCUAGUCCAGGAUCCCUCAGUGUCCCAGCCAUAGCUGCUGAUGUGGAGGAGAUCAAUACCAAAGAGUUGGCCCAGAGGAUCAGUGCCGAAUUGAAGAGGUAUAGCAUUCCCCAGGCCAUUUUUGCCCAGAGAGUGUUGUGUAGGUCGCAAGGAACUCUUUCGGAUCUAUUGAGGAACCCGAAGCCUUGGUCCAAAUUGAAAUCAGGAAGAGAAACGUUCAGAAGGAUGUGGAAGUGGUUGCAGGAGCCGGAGUUCCAGAGGAUGUCUGCUCUUCGGCUCGCAGGUUUGUUUACUAUUCAAUUCUUCUAUAGGUAUAUUUUUGAUUAA